UUCGCACUAAAUCUACCGCUCAUUCCAGGCCGCGGUGGCUCGUUUUAAUCCCAAACCGAGUCGGCGUCUUCUCAUCAGUUCACGGUCUGUGACGCCGGCGUCAACCCCGCAGCUCCGGAUCAUGUUCUCCACAGAUAAACUUGACGCGUUAACCUGCAGCCCGCGUCCUUUUGUUCAGGGGAAUAUAGACGCUUGUGUGGACUUCCUGGAGCGGAUCGGGAUGGGGCUGAAGGGUCUAAAGCGGUCGGUUUGUGUGACAUGUCGGUGAUCUGACGCAGCAGCGCCGGUUUGGAGCUUCUUGACUGAUCAGGUUGCAGUGCGAAGCUGCUGACUUCCUGGAUAAUCAUUCAUUAUCCACUGCAAUCCAAAAGCUGCGAAUCACUUCAAAGAGCUUUAUUCUGUUAUUCAGUAAAGCAGGGCGGUGCAGAAGCCCGGAAGUAAUGGAUUUAAAAGAUCAAACUGUGAGAAUUUAAUAUAUUUAUAUUUAUAUUGCUUUCUAUUGCUGCAUCACUAGAAUUCCCCAGUUUGGGAUUAAUAGAGUAAAGCUGUGCUCUGUAUUUAUCUAUAUUUGCACUGUUUUUGUAGUGCUUAUUUGUAAGUAAGAUUUUAUUUUAAGUCCAAGGCUUUUUAUUAGUAUAAAUAAUCAUGCAUAUUAAAGUUCCAGUGAUCUGCACUGUGUUGUUCGUCCUCCUGGACGUCUCCAUCACCUCCGUCCUUUACGUGCACGGAUCACAUUGGUCCACGUUCACAGAAGACGCCCUGGACUUCAGCAUCCUGCGCUCCCAGCUGGACCUGUGGGGGCUGGUGCUGCUCAGAGCCUGCCUGCUGCUGGGAGCCUCCAUUGGGGUGACCUGGAACCAGCUGGACGGCCCCCCGCGGGCCUCCGCCUGCACCACCGCCGUCCUCCUGGUCUGCAUGGUGGUGGUGACGUACGCGCUGGCCAAGCUGCUGAUGCUGAGCGAGCUGGGCCCGCUGAGCCAGCGGCCCUGGCUCCUCAGCCUGACCUGCUGGACCUGUGCAUCCUCUCUGGGGGUCCCGCUGCUGUGGAGGCUGCUGGGGAGCGGCGAAGGAGGAGGUGGAGGGACUAGGAGAUCUGAGGAUGCCGAGAAGCUGCUGGAGACGGCUGGAGAGGAGGAGGAGGAGCGGCGGAGCGAGAGGAAGAAGAAGGACGAGCAGAGCAGCUCGGGGGCGACGCUGGGACGUCUGCUGACCUACUGCAGGAAGGAUUCUGGACUGCUGUUCGUGGCCGUGCUCUUCCUCGUCAUAUCGGCCGUGUGUGAAGCCUUCAUUCCCUACUACUAUGGGAAGGCCAUCGACAGCAUUGUGGUGCACCAGAGCAUGGAGUACUUGGCUAAACCUGUGGCCACUCUGGCAGUUCUGGCUCUGGCCAGCUCUCUGGCGAUGGGAGUGCGAGGAGGAGUCUUCACCCUCACCUUCGCCAGCUUAAACCUCCGGCUCAGAAACCACCUGUUCACAACUCUGAUGAGGCAGGAAAUCGCCUUUUUUGACGAAAACCACACCGGCGAAAUCCUCUCCCGCCUGUCGGCCGACACCACGCAGGUCAGCGACCUGAUCUCCGUCAACAUCAACAUCUUCCUGCGCAGCGUCAUCAAGGGCGUGGGCUUCUUCAUCUUCAUGUUCAGGAUGUCCUGGAAGCUCACGAUGGUCACCAUCAUGGGCUUCCCCUUCAUCGCCCUCGUCUCCAAGCUUUACGGCCAGUACUACAAGAAACUAACCAAAGAGGUGCAAACCACUCUGGCAGAAGCCAAUAAAGUAGCGGAGGAAACCAUCUCGGCCAUGAGGACGGUGCGCAGCUUCGCCAACGAGAGCGGCGAGGCCGACUCGUACUACGCCAAACUGCUGGUCAUGUUCCGGCUCAACAGGAAGCAGGCGCUGGCCUACGCCUGCUACAUGUGGUCCAGCUGUAUCUCGGAGCUCGCUCUGGAGCUGGCCAUCCUCUACUACGGAGGCCACCUGGUGGUUUCCCAGCAGAUGAGCAGCGGCGCCCUCAUCUCCUUCUUCAUUUACAUGUUGGAGCUGGGAGAGUGCCUGGAGAGCAUUGCCUCGGUGUACACGGGCCUCAUGCAGGGCGUUGGAGCUGCGGAGAAGGUGUUCGAGUACCUGGACAGGAAGCCCGAACACCCGGCCGACGGCACCGAGGCCCCGGACCGGUGCACCGGGUUGGUGGAGUUCAGAGACGUCACGUUUGCCUACCCAACGCGUCCCGAGACGGAUAUUCUCAAGGGAGUGUCGUUCACUCUGCGGCCCGGGGAAGUGACCGCCCUGGUGGGUCCUUCAGGCAGCGGGAAGAGCUCCUGUGUGGGUCUGCUGGAGAACUUCUACCUUCCUCAACAAGGCCAAGUCCUGCUGGAUGGAAAACCGGUCAACACGUACCAGCACGAGUACCUGCACUCCAAGGUGGCGCUGGUGGGGCAGGAGCCGGUGCUGUUUGCCCGCACGGUGCAGGAGAACAUCGCCUACGGCCUGACCGACGCCCCCUCGGAGGAGGCGGUGCUCGAGGCCGCCACCAAGGCCAACGCUCACCACUUCAUCUCCACCCUCCCCAAAGGCUACCAAACAAGUGUUGGAGAGAAGGGCACGCAGUUAUCCGGCGGGCAGAAGCAAAGGGUGGCCAUCGCCAGAGCGCUCAUCCGGCAGCCGCGAGUUCUCAUCCUGGACGAGGCCACCAGCGCUCUGGAUGCAGAGAGCGAGCACAUCGUUCAGCAGGCUCUGAACAACAUCAGGCAGGAUCACACAGUCCUGGUGAUCGCUCACCGGCUCAGCACGGUGGAGAAGGCGGACAACAUCAUCGUGAUCGAUCGGGGUCGCGUGGCCGAGCAGGGCUCCCACAGCCAGCUGAUGGCCGCGGCGGGUCUCUACUGCAAACUGGUGCAGAGGCAGGUCCUGGGCAUCGAGACGGGGGACGAGGUCCUCAACAAGUCCGAAAACCCGAAGCCUGGCAGAGCGCGGCGGAGGAGAAGGAGCAGCGGCAGCAGCAACAGCGAGCCCGAGUGCACCGCACGAUACUGACCAAGCAUGACAGACUGCUGGAUGUCGAUCUGAAUACAUUGAGUUCAAUAAAACUACAUUUACUCUACAAAAUUAUCGUAUUGGCCCGACUAUAGGACAAUAUUUUAUUCCGGAAAUUGUGUUCUCAAAAAAUGCGGUCAUAUUAUAAUCGAGGACUAGAUUGUCGUUACACAUCCUCGCUGCUAGACAGAGCCAAAGUACCGGUGACCAGGAAGCGAAUGGAGCGUCACAGUGAAUGUAUGCUUGUAUGUUUGCUAAAAAGGUAAAAAGGAUCUGAUGAAAAAUGGAGAGGAAUGUGACCGUCUAGAACUAAGGGGCUUGAACGCUGCACAGGUGAGCAAACAGCAGAGGUGAAAUUUUGAUGCCAACUUUGAACUGAUGGUUCAACACAGCAGAGUCGACAAACAACUGCCAAGCUGAUGCUUAUGAAGUUAAAUAGAACUUGAAUUUGAUGGUUAUAAAGAAUGAUCUCAGUGAUUUCAUGGAAUGGUGAAGUGGAGGCUGUUUUCCCAGUGAUGCACGAAGACGAUUCUGUUAAUAAGAGCUCUGAUCGUUCUGGUGACAUGUUUGCACCACGGAACACCGUGACUGAGCGGAACGAUGUAGAGCAGGUUGUUGUCCCAGUGACACACAAAGAUGAUUGUGCCAGUGAGGGGUCUGAUCAUUGUUGUGUCACAUGUACACCACUUGCUGGCUGUGUUCAGCGUAUUUUUUCUAGGUUGUGGACGUGCUGCAGACAUGUCUGUAGAAAUAUUGGAAAUAUUUUGAGAGCAACAGCGCACUUUUACUGUUAAUACAGUAUGUCCUACUUAGGAUAGAGGAGACAAUGUAUUUUUGGGUAAUACGUAAUACUUGAACCUGGAACAGGUUGCAGUUUUCUUCUGAAGGGCUUCAGAAAAGACUAUAUUUUAUCUCGAUGUAGGGAUGGUUUUGGAUCCUGGGGAGUCUUUGAAGACAGAGCGGCAGAAGCUCUCUCUCUCUCUCUACUUGUGCAUAGACGCUGUAAGCAGAGCUGAACUGGUGAGCGCUGCUUGCACUCCACCUUUAAGGACUUCCAGGACUGCACUUCGUGGUCUAUGCACCAGUAGAGCAGCUGAUGUUCUGUCUUCAAAACCAUCCUUGUUAGAAGCAGGGGCCUGAAUGCGUUCUCCUCAUCUGUCUGUGGGUUUCCUCCGGGUUUCUUCCCACAUCCAAAAAACAUUCACCAAAAGGAACAUAUAGAAAUUUGACUGGAGGCAGUCACUCAGAAUAUCAAGAAAUAGAAAGAACGGAGGCAAAUAAAUGCAAAAAAGAGAACAUUUGCAAGUGUUAUGAAAAUUUAUGUGAAUAAAGAAGUUUGACAAAUAGAUCUGGUUCAGUGGAAGUGUUAGUUUGAUCAUUGCAACAAAGGAGAAGAUGUGAUACUGAAGAACUCCUCAGUAACUCUUCAGAAGAAGCAGAAUGUAACCGGUGCUUUUGAA